AUGACAGCGAUCACGCUGGGGGAAGUGAUCGGGGUCUGGGCGUCUGCGUACCCAGCCGGCCCCGCCGCGGAGCCCGCCAGGCGCGCCCUCCAGCUGCGCCCGCACAUCCGUGCGUUCCAGCACUCCAUCGCCGCCGUCGAGCGCUGCCUUUACCCCGUCAUCGCCGCCGCGCUCGGCAUCGCGCUCGGCCUCGACAUCGACAUCGUGAGCGCGUUCGACGUGCGCUACGCCGCGUCCAACGCCGUCUUCGUGAUCAAGAAAGCAGACGUCGGCCUCGCCGCCGACAUCGGCACGCUCGCGCGCCUGCCCAAGAUUGCGGGCAACCAGAGCCUCGUGCACGAGCUCGCGUACACCGCGCGCAACUUCUCCGCGGACGAGGCGGAGCGCACGGGCUUUGUCUUGCGCGUCGUCUCCGGCAGGCGCGACGUCGUCGUGCGCGCCGCGCUCGCGCUCGCCGGCGUGAUCGCACAGAAAUCGCCCGUCGCGGUGCUGGCGACGAAGCACCUGCUAGUGCAUGCACGGGACCAUUCGUUAGUAGCCGAGGAUUUAGAUUGCUCCGUCACGUGGAAUAGCACUAUGCUCCAGACAGCUGACAUGAAGGAGUCGUUGAGAGCCGUGAAGGCCAAGGAAAGGCCCCAGUACGCUAAGCUGCUGCCCAAGCCGUGA